UCUACUCUUCUUCCUUCUUCUCUUGCCUACGAUGCACUCCAUCUCCAACACGUCUUCUCGUGCUCUUCGUCGCGCCGCGGCCAAGGCUUCGCGCUCAACGCCUUCGCUCACCCGUGGUGCCCAUAAGGAAAUUAAGUUUUCCAAUGAGGGCCGUGCGAGCAUUCUCAAAGGUGUUGAUGUGCUGGCGAACGCUGUCAGCGUUACGCUUGGGCCUAAGGGACGGAAUGUCAUCAUCGAGCAGUCGUUCGGUGGUCCAAAAAUCACAAAAGAUGGUGUCACUGUCGCCAAAGCCAUCACUUUGAAGGACAAGUUUGAGAACCUGGGUGCACGCCUUGUUCAAGAUGUUGCACAAAAGACUAACGAGGUUGCUGGUGAUGGCACAACUACAGCUACUGUCCUCGCUCGGGCAAUCUACGCUGAGGGUGUCAAGAACGUCGCCGCGGGGUGCAAUCCCAUGGACCUUCGUCGUGGGUCGCAAGCUGCUGUCGAGCGUGUUGUCGAGUUUCUCUCCAAGAACACCAAGACGAUUACCACCACAGCUGAGAUCGCCCAGGUCGCCACUAUCUCUGCCAAUGGUGAUGUUCACGUCGGCAACUUAAUUGCACAAGCUAUGGAGAAAGUAGGGAAGGAGGGAGUGAUCACCGUCAAGGAGGGCCGGACGAUCGAGGACGAGAUCGAGAUCACUGAGGGCAUGCGCUUCGACCGGGGUUUCAUUUCGCCUUAUUUCGUCACGGACGUGAAGGCCCAGAAGGUCGAGUUCGAGAAGCCGUUGAUUUUGUUGUCGGAGAAGAAGAUCUCCCUGCUCCAGGACAUCCUUCCUUCGCUCGAGGCUGCUGCUCAGGCUCGCCGCCCACUGCUUAUCAUUGCUGAGGAUGUUGACGGCGAAGCCCUUGCUGCGUGUAUCCUUAACAAGCUCCGCGGUCAGCUCCAGGUUGCCGCAGUGAAGGCCCCAGGCUUCGGUGACAACCGCAAGAGCAUCUUGGGCGAUCUCGCCAUCCUCACCGGUGGUACUGUCUUCACUGACGAGCUUGAUAUCAAGCUCGAGCGUGCAACCCCUGACCUCCUGGGCUCGACUGGCUCAGUCACGAUCACGAAGGAAGACACCAUUGUUCUGAACGGAGAGGGCAGCAAGGAUUCCAUCCAGGCACGCUGCGAGCAGAUCCGUUCCAUCAUUGCGGAUCCCACGACCAGCGAGUUCGAUCGCACCAAGUUGCAGGAGCGGUUGGCUAAACUCAGCGGUGGUGUUGCCGUCAUCAAGGUUGGUGGUGCGUCGGAGGUCGAGGUCGGGGAGAAGAAGGACCGCUAUGACGACGCGCUCAACGCCACCCGUGCUGCCGUUGAGGAGGGUAUCCUUCCCGGUGGCGGUGUUGCGCUCCUCAAGGCUUCCCUUGCACUCGCUUCUUCCUCCCCUGGCUCCCCCAACCAGUCUUCCGUCUCCUCGACUUCGUCGAACCCUGAUGUCAAGCCCAUCCCUACCGCGAACUUCGACCAGGACCUUGGUGUUUCAAUCAUCCGUCGUGCGCUCAGCUACCCUGCGCGGACGAUCAUGAACAAUGCUGGCGAGGAGUCGAGCGUCAUCAUCGGCACGCUCACAUCGCAGUACGGCUCUCCUGACAAGUUCGCUUGGGGAUAUGACGCGAGCAAGGGCGAGUACGUUGAUAUGAUCAAGGCGGGUAUUGUUGACCCCUUGAAGGUUGUGCGGACGGCGCUGGUGGAUGCGGCGGGUGUGGCGAGCUUGUUGACGACGAGCGAGGCGAGCAUCGUGGAUGGCGAGGAAGACAAGCCUCCUGCUGGUGGUAUGGGCGGUAUGGGUGGUAUGGGAGGCAUGGGAGGCAUGGGUGGAUUCUAAGUCGUUGGGCGGCCUCCUGUUCGAAUUUCAGACAUGAAAAGUAUCGUCGCUUAUCCUAUUGUGUCUUGUCAUACACGUCUUAUGCACCCCGGGCACUCCCCCACAUCAUCUCCGUCUACGUCUUAUCCCACCGCACACUAACCUCGCUCAUGAUUACGUUCUGCUCACUCGCACUACUUCCAUACAUUAUUCACCUGUCAUGUCGUUGCUCAUCUGUUUUCUUUGGUUCUGACGAAUGCAAUCACCACUCAUCGAUCAAUGCUUGUGCUGUGU